GGAAGAAACUCACCAACUGGGGCAGCACUCUCGAGUGCCACGGAUGCAGGCUGCACAAGAAGGGCUGCUCUGGAGGCGUGGCCGUCCCCGAAUUCCCCAGCCAGCGCCCCUCGCGCAGACCGUGGGAGAAGGCCGUGGGCGGCACGGGCUCCAGCACGCAGGCUGCCGAGUCCAAAGCCGAGCGUGCCCCGCAGGCGGCGCUGGCGGAGCUGGCCGCCAGCAGGAAAUACCAGUCUGGCGCGGGGCUGGAGGCGGCCAGUCUGGCAGCCGAGGCCACGGUCCUGGAGUCCAACCUCGCCAUCGUCCAGCGGGCGCCGGGGGCGCGGGUGGAGGAGCAGCAGCAGGAGCCCAAGGCCGAGCUCGACGGGGCCAGGGCGUGCCUCGUCAACGCCGUGCCGCUGCAUGCCUUGGGCCGCGCCCUCGGCAACCGUGUCAAGGCAGGAGCGGCGACGGUCGAGAAGGUCAAUGUGGUUCUGGGGAAGGCCAAGCAGGCGGGCGAGGAGGCGGUCAAGGCUCUGCCGCAGGCUGGCGCACACCUUCAGGAACUCAUGCAGCAGCAGGCGCAGUUCGAGGGCGCGCUGGGUCCGUUGCAGGCUUCGCUCGGCCACGCCGCGCCGGUAUCGGAAGGGCGUGAGGCGCUCCUGCCUGCGAUUGGCGCCACCACGGAGAAGCUCGAAGAGAUGGGCAAGGCGCUCGCGGACGGCGGUAAGCUCAGUUCUGGCGGGCAGAAAAGGCCG